GCUUUUGAUGAUACCAUGAAGGCGUACUCUCGGUCUUCGUCUCCUGAUUGGUCCGCUCGGCUUCGUGUCCCCGGACGUGCCCGCUCCAGAGAGUCACCUUGCCCGGCUCCUGCGGCUGCUGAACCGGGUACAGAGCAGGUUGACCGUCCGGCGGAGAGACACACAGGCGGGAAUCUGACCAGAGACUCUGCGGACAGUGACCGACAGCGGAAUAACAUGGCGGAGGCAAAGCCCAAGACGUCUCCGAAGGCCAUCAAAUUCCUGUUCGGAGGGUUGGCCGGGAUGGGAGCGACGGUCUUCGUGCAGCCGCUGGACCUGGUGAAGAACCGGAUGCAGCUGAGCGGUCAGGGCACGAAGGCUCGUGAGUACAAGACCAGCUUCCACGCUCUGUUCUCCAUCCUGAGGGCCGAGGGGGUCCGGGGGAUCUACACCGGUCUGUCGGCAGGUCUGCUGCGUCAGGCGACGUACACGACGACUCGUCUGGGAAUCUACACCAUCCUGUUUGAGAAGAUGACCGGAGCUGACGGACGGCCGCCGAGCUUCAUCCUCAAGGCUCUGAUCGGGAUGACAGCUGGAGCUACAGGAGCGUUUGUCGGGACGCCGGCGGAGGUCGCACUGAUCAGGAUGACAGCAGACGGACGCCUCCCUGCAGACCAGAGGAGAGGAUACACGAACGUGUUCAACGCUUUGGCUCGGAUCACCAGAGAGGAAGGCGUCGGCACCCUGUGGAGGGGUUGUGUUCCCACGAUGGCUCGAGCGGUGGUGGUGAACGCAGCUCAGCUCGCCUCCUACUCUCAGUCCAAACAGGCUCUGCUCGACUCAGGUUAUUUCUCCGACGACAUCCUGUGUCACUUCUGUGCCAGUAUGAUCAGCGGUCUGGUUACCACGGCAGCAUCGAUGCCCGUGGACAUCGUGAAGACCAGGAUUCAGAACAUGAAGACGAUCGACGGGAAGCCCGAGUAUAAAAACGGCCUGGAGGUGCUGAUGCGCGUCGUGCGCUCUGAGGGCUUCUUCUCCCUGUGGAAAGGCUUCACGCCGUACUACGCCCGCCUCGGCCCCCACACCGUCCUCACCUUCAUCUUCCUGGAACAGAUGAACCGCCUGUACAAGACCUACGUCCUCGACCGCUAACACACACACAC